UAUCAUAAUUUAUGGUAGAUGCUUUCUUUUUGUUUUUUGGUUAGUUCUAAUUAGUGUCAAAAUUCUAUUCUUUUUACAAUCAUUUUUGUUUACCAAGGUCAAUAGCUGACUAGGUUUCUGGCUUUUUAAGUUUGUGGGGGAUUUUUCUUGAGAUGGGUCCUAUUUAUAUAUUUUUCUAAGUAUGUUUUUCUUAAGGCGUGUUUUUGGAAACAAUCCCAUUUGAUUUCCCAGGAGUUUUUCUUCUGAUUGAUACAAUAUUAGUGUUGCAGUUCUGCAUGGGUGUUUUGUAUUUGCUUUUAAGUUUGUUUAUUGGUGUGUUUUAGUUCAUGAAAAUGCAAUGGCUUGUAGAGUUGUUGUUCUAUGUUCAAUGCCUGUCAUUCAUGAGUGCUUUCUUUUAGAGGAGGGUAAGGUAUUGAGUGCUUGUUGUCUCACCUAUGUUAUGCUUCUUAUAAUGGAAAAUAGGCUGUGGCUAUGCCCCUCCUGUAAACUCCAUAAACCCCAAGCCUUCCCUCGAGGCUGAAAGAUUUGAACUUCUGGCCUUCAAGUUCUAACUGUUAGAACGUCCCUGAGAAGAAACCCUGCAAUCAUUUGUUUGUUCUGUUGUUUCCUAAGACUGGAUAGGCAAUGUACUUAUCUAUUCCAAUCCUCAUAAAAUGUUGUAAGCUUUUUUUUUUUUGUUUUUACUUCUCAUACUGUGUAAUGACAACAUGAUUUGUGAAUAUUGUAAACCACACUGAUUCUGUUGAAAGCUAGUUAGUUAUAAGGCAUUAAUUCCUGAAGGAAGUUUAUCACAUUAAUUCCUGACAAAAUGAUAACUGUUUUCAUUGUAAUGUUAUUAUAGGUACAAAUGAAACUUUUCAUAAAUCUUUUUAUUUCAAUGUUCGUUAAGCAGAUUACUGGCAUCUGCAAAACAUUGCAGGAAACCUAAUGUCUAUUUUAGGGAUCCCAUUCUAUAAUUCAGAGUAAUAUGUUCAUGUGUUAAUAAUUCAAAAAGCUGCUUCUGGGUUCCAUGAAGCUGAAUGCAUCUAUGAAGAAUGGUCAAGUUACCAGUGCAAUGAACCUGGAUUUUCUUAGUUUUGAUUGGUUUUCUGUAGGUAUCAUUUCAUAUGAUACGAUUUAUUUUUGAAGGUGUCUGCUAAUGGUGAAAUCAAAGCAAAGGCAGUUAGCAACAAAGCAUGCAAACAAGACAAAUGCUCAAAGUGGCAGCUUGGACUCUUUGAACCCCAACAUUGAGUUGGACCUGCUUGGAGAAGAUGGAUGGGUUAUAGUUAAAAAGCAGAGAGUCACCAUUCUUAUACCACCAUUGCCUGUGGCUACAAAGUCAAAAAUUACAAACCAGGGACCUGGUCAAUUAGAAGCGAUGCCUGGAAAAGAAGUGGAGGACCAACCAAGGCUCUCUGUUCAGACAUGUCCCAAGUUGCCAUCUGGGAAUGGACAAGAGAAGUCCACUUCAUCGGCUCAUAGAAAGGGUAUUGAAAUUACUAGAUCUCCUCCUCAACACAUUUUAACUUUAGCCAGGUCUCCAGCUCAAGGUGUUAGAGCGGAGCCAGAAAUUCCAAGUCAAGUGGUUACUUUAAAAUCUCAUAACAUACACAGAGUGCCUGAAGCCUCAAAAACUAUCAGGAGGCCGAGAUCAAUGCAUUCCCCAAGUGUUCCCAUUAUUGGGAGCAUGUUACUAAACCGAAGGCUGAGGGUGUCAAAUCUUGAGAGGAAGCUUCAACAGGCUGGUGGGUUGAGCAGGUGGCUGACAUCUCUAGGACUAGGUCAGUUUGUAAGGAUUUUUCAGGCCAAAAGUGUCAAUAAAUUUCAGUUGGUGAAUCUAAAUAUGCAAAAGCUUAAAGAUAUGGGUGCAGAUGCGGUUGGUCCCAGGAGAAAGUUGAUCCAUGCUAUUGACUGUGUCUGUCAGCCAUUUUGCUUUGAGGCCAUAUAGAUAUACCAGGAGCUAGUUGCAAUAGCUGAAUUAGAAGGGAGAAGUUGAAGAAUGGAGCAGUUUGAACUUGUUUUUUUUUUUUUUGGUAGAUAUUGAGGUUGUAACCACAGCAAUUUGACACAAGGGAGUGAGAGCUUAUAUUGCAGCUAUCCUCUACGGGCUGCAUGUAUUUUGAGACAAUUACUUGGGUUAGAUAUCAACUAACCAGGUUGGAAAUGAUGACUUUAUUGUGUUCCAAAAUUUAAUAAGCAAUUUGUACA